CUCCCGCCCCCUGCUGAGAUGAUACUGAGAAAUACGAAAUACUAUUAUUUACGCAACAACGACAACAACAACAUUCAAGUGAGCACCUGGAAAAAUACACAGCACUACUGCAGGAACUAUAACAGGGACAGCGACAUGAUCACCAUCAGGGAUGUAGUAGACAACAGAAACUUUCGCAAUGCCAACGGCUGGAUUGGUUUGUAUCGAGAGAAUUCAACCUCUGAGUGGAAGUGGUCCAGAAGAGAGGAGGUAGCCGACUUCCUGAUCUGGGAAGAUGGCAACCCUGCUGAUGGGAAGUUCUGUGCAUUUAAGAGGUCAGGAGAACACAUGGCGCAGCGAUCACUGUAAUAGAGUGGUCCAUAAGGUAAUGUGUAGCAAAGAAAUGCUGGUGCUGGUCAAGGAGAACAAGACUUGGGAGGAUGCAUUAAUGCACUGCAGGGGUCUCGAGGCGAAGGACCCACGUAAGCCAUUCACUGCCUACGAGAACUACAAGUACGACCUGGCCACCCUGCUCACCGAAGACGACCACAAGUUUGCAAGAGAGACGGCAAAGAGUGCUACCACUGACAAGGUUUGGACGGGCCUGCGCUACCUGGCUGGCUAUUGGCUGUGGGUCGGUGGAGAAGAAAGGAUGUACAAGGAUAUUGAUAGAUGCCCAAGUAGGGGCUUCUGUGGCACGCUGCCUACAACGGGCAAUGAUUCCUAUGAAAUAAGACCCUGCAAUGAGAAGAGAAACUUCUUCUGCUACAGGAUGACUUGAAUAAAUCUUAAUUCAGAGGCAUCUGCUUCAAAUAAGCCUGCUUCAAUCUGCUAGGUUUAUGUUUGAAAUCUGUGAUCAUGCUUUCUCUGCAAAGUCAGCAGGUUGCCUUUUUGUUGUUUGACCUAUUUACCCUUUCAAAUUACUUUAACUUAUUAAAGAUAAGACUAGAUAAAUGAAUUUAAAGUUUAUUUAAGAUAACAUAAAAUCUAUCCUGAGCUGGGCUUGAGUUAAAGGUGACAUAUCAUGCUUUUUUCAUCAAUAUAUAUUGGUCUAAGAGGUCCCCAAAACAUGUCUUUAAAGUUUAUGCUCAAAAAACACUUUG